CCCCAAAGGAGACCAUUGUGUACACUAAGAAGUGUCGCGUGUAACUUUCACAGAGGUCAGUGGUUACUGCACCACUUGGAACGACUUGGAUUGUUGACUUUUCAUGAAAUUGCUCCAAUGGUUGUUAUCGUGGAACCAGCUUUACAUGGGCUUGGUCGCUACUUCCAACAGAUGGAGCAAGGACAACAGAUCACUGUACUGGAGAGCAUGCAGUAUGAAUGGAUGCGUGUAAGGAGCUUCUGGUCCUUUCCCAGAAAUGCUGGAGUGUCCUACCUAUAUUUGGCAAGGAUAGGGUUUUUCUACACGGGUAGAGUGUCGGAGACCUGCUGCUAUAGCUGUGGACAGAUCUACAGAGAAUGGAGGGAGGGAGAUAACCCACUAGAAAUUCACCGACGGAUAUCUCCACAUUGUCUGCACCUCAAUGACGGUGAUGCUCGAAAUAUGCCCAUCUAUGCAGAUGUCAUUAACCAGUGGCCUGCCAUACCAUGGGAACCGCUUUUGGAGGAGGCAGCAAGACCACCAGUUGAUGAGGAGCCUGCUGACCUACCCGAAGCAGAAGCUUUGGACAGGGACACUGCAACUGUAGAUACCAGAA